CAGAUUGCUGGCAGCAUCUACAAUCAUCUAAAACUCAGACAAGCUGCUGCACACCAUACAUCCUCCAUCAAUGGGCAUCAGGUCAUCCUUCUUGAGAAAGCGAUUACAGCAACUCUGAAUCGGCACUGCCAACCCCGCUAGCCUACGGCUGUCAUGGCUGCGGCCUUCGACGAUGAAGACCUCUCCAUAUCUCUUCCGUCCUUUGACCGAGACGGGAAAGAUGACCGAACUUCCCAUAGCCAUCCCUCCAUGCCACCACCCUCGAGACCCUUCACGGUCCCUCCUGAACAGUCACCUGCGACGGCCCGAGACAUGCAGCGCUUGGAGCAGUACAAGACCGUGCGGAUACUCGGCGAGGGGUCCUUUGGAAAAGUUAAAUUGGCGAUUCACCAAGCGACCGGCAGGGAGGUAGCCUUGAAGAUAAUUUCAAGGCGGAAACUCUUAUCAAGAGAUAUGGUCGGACGAGUAGAACGCGAGAUUCAGUACCUGCAGCUCCUUAGACACCCGCACAUUAUUAAAUUAUACACCGUCAUCACUACGAAGACCGACAUAGUCAUGGUACUGGAGUACGCCGAACGGGAGUUAUUUGAUUACCUUGUAAGUCGCGGGAAAUGCAACGAUGACGAAGCACGUACAUUCUUCCAGCAGAUCAUUUGCGCAGUGGAGUAUUGCCACCGUCAUAAGAUCGUGCAUCGGGACCUCAAACCGGAGAAUCUGCUGAUGGAUAGAGAGAAAAAUGUCAAGAUUGCUGAUUUCGGAUUGAGCAAUAUCAUGACGGAUGGGAAUUUCCUAAGGACCAGCUGUGGCAGUCCUAAUUAUGCAGCGCCCGAAGUUAUCUCCGGCAAACUCUAUGCGGGCCCUGAGGUCGACGUCUGGAGCUGUGGUGUGAUCUUAUACGUGCUUCUGGUGGGAAAGCUUCCCUUUGACGAUGAAUACAUCCCCAACCUAUUCCGGAAGAUUUCUGCCGGCAAUUUUUACAUGCCAUCAUAUAUUUCCACCGGUGCCGCCAAUUUGAUCAGGCGGAUGCUGCAGGUUCAUCCUGUUCACCGGAUCACUAUUCCGGAAAUUCGCCGGGACUCUUGGUUCAAGAAGGACCUUCCACAAUAUCUACAGCAUCCUGCAGAGGAGUUUGUCGCAACUGGAGCUGAUCCGAAUAAGGCCAUUGACCUCCGUUCGAUUGCACCUGGGAAGCCAGCUGCGGUUCGAGAGCGGAUACGGGAAAAUGCGGUAUCAAAGUUAGAGAGGAGAAUGGGGUAUGGUAAAGAGGAUAUUCAAGAAGCCUUACGAAAACCUGAACCUAGUGCUAUUAAGGAUGCGUUCUUUAUCGUGGUGGAGAAUGAGAUGAUGCAGACAAACUCCCCAACGGAGCUGGAUGGCUGCCCUUCAUCCCCUCAGCCUAGAGAAGGCCAAGAUGCCUCCUCCCAAGGCCCUGGCACCGCGGCCAGACCUGGAUUUUCCACUCCUCGCGACACACCUAUUACGCCCCUUACGCCCUACCGCGUCACCCCGAUUAACACCCCGGAAUCUCGUGUGAGCCAUGUGAGAAUUCUCCCCACCAGUCUUCCAUACGUUCACGAUCAAAUCAUGGAUCAACGAACCAAGGAUAUGACUGCUCGUGCUGCUAGCCCGCCACAGGAUUACUCUCAGCACAUUGAGGUAGCCGACCUUUCAGGGACUCCUAGAGAGCGCUCGCCCGAAGAACAAGCUGCAACUGCUAGGGCGCUCAAGCCCCACUCACGAAGCGUGGUCGACCUGGAAAAACUUCAGUAUGAACCUCCUGAGAUGUUAACACAGGUCCCCAGUCAACCCAAGCGCUCUCGUAAAUGGCAAUUCGGUAUUAGAUCGCGCAAUUUGCCGUAUGAGGCGAUGCUAUGUCUCUAUAAAGCGAUCCAGGCUGAAGGGGGUGUCUGGGAAAUACAACCAGCAGAGCCAGACAAUCAUGACGACGACCGAGUUCCGGAGAUGACUUCUGAAAUUCCUGGGCCGUUGCAGCGUAAAUAUCGGGACGUCCCAUCCGAAUAUUAUAUUCCAAAAGAUUUGUGGUUCAUUCGUGCUCGUCUUUUGAAGCAAGGCGUGUUGGCUCCUGGCCCCGCAAGCAGUGCCCACAGCAGCAGGAGUGAUUUAGAAGAAUUGCGCCGGCGCGUAAGCCUCAAGGGCGGAGUGCUACAUCAGGAGGACAAGUCUGUUUCCGGGAGUGCGGGGUUUGGAGCUGGGUUGUCAGCAGCUUCUUCUUUAUCAUCCCAUUCGGCGACCUUGAGUUACGGCGUUUGGGUGUUUAUUGACAUUCAGCUCUACCAACUUGAACGGGACAAUUACAUGGUCGACUUCAAGUGUGACGGCUAUCAAAAUGUCGUGCGCAUUGAGGGUGAUGGCAGUGCAACUGAAUGGCGGCCCAUCAGCAAGCGGUUCCGGAAUAAAGAAAAGGAAAUUACGAGUCCAUAUCCAUUCUUAGAUGUUGCAUCGGAUUUGGUGGCGCAAUUAGCGGCAGCGACUUAG